AUGGCUCCAAAAAAAGAACCGGCGAAGAAAAAAGAAACAACAGCCACAGCGUCGGUCAGUGCUGCUACGUCUGCAGGGACGACAGCUACAACCACCGCAAGUGCAUCCGUGAGUAAAAAGGCAAAAACACCGACAACAGGUCAAAAGCCGGGAGCAACUACAGGCGGUGAUACAACAAAAGUUGUAACAACACAAAAGAAAGAAAAGGUUAAAACAACUGCAUUAAAAGCAAAACAACGUGUAACCCGUGGUAAUAAACUAACACGUAAACGAAAAAUUCGUACAACACCAACAUUUCGUCGUCCAUUCACACUACGUCUGCAGCGUACACCAAAAUAUCCAAGAAGAUCUGUGCCAAAACGUAAUCGUCUUGAUCAUUUUGCCAUAAUCAAACAUCCGUUAACAACCGAAUCGGCGAUGAAAAAAAUUGAAGAUAACAAUACCUUAGUAUUUAUUGUUAACAUUCGUGCAAAUAAACCGUUAAUUAAAGCGGCUGUCAAAAAAAUGUAUGAUGUUGAUGCUGAAAAAAUCAACACAUUAAUACGUCCAGAUGGUGAAAAAAAAGCCUAUGUUCGAUUGAAAGCUGAUCAUGAUGCAUUAGAUGUGGCUAACCGCAUUGGUAUCAUUUAG